GCUGCGCCAUUUCCCCCGAAGAGGAGAAGAAAAAAGCAGUGACCGAUAAAUCAUCUUCUUCAUCGUCGGUCCUCCGAGAAACAGGGCGUGACCUGGGAUAUCAACACAACACCAUAGCCACAUCCUUCGUUUCAUCAUCACGAUGUGGAGAAGAAUCGUUUCCUCUCACCUUAAAACCCUAGCCGCCGCUCCGUCCCUCCGAUCGGCCGCCGCCGCCGCCAGGCCUGUCAGCUCAUGUCUCACCGCCAAUCGAUCCGCCAUUUCUGCUUCUUCUUCUGUUUUCCCUCGCUGCUUCAGCUCCGAAUCAGCGGAGACCUCUGUGAAGAAGAAGGUGGAGGAUGUGAUGCCUAUCGCAACCGGACAUGAGAGAGAGGAACUUGAAGCUGAGUUGGAGGGAAAGAAGCUGCUUGACAUCGACUCGCCUGAAGGUCCUUUCGGAACAAAGGAAGCUCCUGCUGUCAUUAAGUCAUACUACGACAAGAGAAUCGUUGGAUGCCCUGGUGGUGAAGGCGAGGACGAGCACGACGUCGUGUGGUUUUGGCUGGAGAAAGGAAAGCCUCACGAAUGCCCAGUUUGCUCUCAGUACUUUGUGCUUGAAGUGGUUGGUCCUGGUGGACCUCCAGACGGGCAUGGUGACGACGACGAAGAACACCACUGAUUCCGGGUUUCGUUUACUUCCUCUUGUUUUUUCCUUCGUAUAAGAUUUCAAGAUUCGAAUAAAAAUCCGUCGCCGGGGAAACACUUUUGAAGAUUGAAAACCCUUGUUUUCGUGUUAUCCGGCUAUAUGCACCCAACCCCUUUUCCCGAAGGGAUUUUUUAGCACUGCUCCGUUGCUGUUUGUUUUCGCAACUUAAAACGAGUCGGUAACGUUUUUUUUUUAAUUCCCUUUUUUGUUGCCCGUCUUCUGUAACUCGGUUUCGAGCAAUCUAAUGCAUGAGCUUCCGAUUAUUUUU